UAGUGUCAGUGGGCUCCUCUUCUCCAAAUAUAGGUUAUCUCCGCUUCGCUCCCCUCUCCCGGAUCGUACCAUUGCAGGGAAUGAGUGUGAACUUGUGCGAUGGGAGCUAGAGAUGAAUUUCUUCAUCUCUGACCCACAUAAUGGCGAGAUCUCGGGCUCGGUGAGUUCUCCUCUUCCUCCUCCUCCUUGGCGGUGCGGCGGGACGCUUCAGCGGCUCGCAUCUCCUCCUGUUUCCCCCCAAAACAUCUCUCGCUUUCCGAGGCAGGAGAGGAGGGAGAAGCGGAGGCGCCUUAACGCCGAAGGAAGGAGCCGGGGAAACGAGGGAAAAAAGUAAGCUGACCCUGAGGCCACUCACAUCCAGAAUAGACGAGAACUGAUCCCGGUCUGGAUCCAGUUUGACAGCUUCUCAUCCACCUGGGCUUGAUAGCAGAGAGCCCCCUCUGGUCCCUGGGGUCCUCCUCUGUCAUCUAUCCCGCACUGUCUAUUCCUAAUCUGUGGGCCGCCUCCUCAUCGUCAUCUGAGAGCCUUCCUGAAGGUGUGGCGCUCAUGGCGGUCCCAAGCGCCAACGAGUUCCAUUGGCAGAGCCUGGCACGCUUGCCCAGCGGCCGUGUGUACCACUCUCUGUUUGAAGUGGGGGGGCAGAUGUACAUGCUCGGAGGGUGUGAUGCUGCAGGGCGACCGUGCCCGGCUUUGGACCUCUACUCCCCUGAGGGGGACCGGUGGAUCAGCUUGCCCCCGAUGCCCACCUCCCGGGCCGGAGCCGCCGUAGCGGUGCUUGGGAAGCAGGUCCUGGUGGUGGGAGGAGUGGGAGAGGACCAGAGCCCCCUAAAGGUGGUGGAAAUGUACAACACGGAGGAGGGGAGGUGGAGGAAGCGGAGCGCUCUGCGGGAAGCUCUGAUGGGUAUAUCCAUCACCGUGAAAGAUGGUCGGGCCCUGGCUGUGGGUGGGAUGGGUGCGGACCUCCUCCCUCGCAGCAUCCUUCAGCAAUAUGACCUCAGGAAGGAUGUGUGGGCGCUGCUGCCCCCAAUGCCCACUCCACGCUACGAUGCCAUCACACACCUGAUUGGCAGCAAGCUCUACGUUGCAGGUGGCCGUCAGUGUAAGCGUCCAGUGAAGGCUUUUGAGGCGUACGACACAGAGACGCGCUCCUGGACUUCGCUCCCGACUCUUCCGUGUAAACGCACCUACGCAGGUGUGCUGUGGGAUCCGGACGGGAGGUUGUGUCUGCUCGGAGGACUGCGGCAGGGAGGAGGACACCAAAGUUCCAAAUUCACCAAGAACAUCAACAUUUUUGAUACCAACCAAGGCUCCUGGUUGAAGUCGGACGACACGGUUUCCAUGAAGACCAAGAGGGCGGACUUUGCUGCUGCGUUCCUGCGCGGCCGCAUAGUGGUCGCAGGCGGACUUGGACAUGAGCCGUCGGCUCUGGACACCGUGGAGGCUUUUCAUCCACAGAGGAAAAAGUGGGAAAAACUGGCGCCCAUGAAUUUUCCCAGAUGCUCCGCCUCCUCCAUUGUUAUUCGAGACCGCUUCUUGGUGGUGGGAGGAGUCAACCAGGUCCCCAGCUCGGCUCAUGAGAUCCUCUACGUCAAGGAAGAGGAGCUGCUGUGAUGGAGACUCCACAACAAUGCAGCAUUUCGAAAAGCAACAAAAACACUGGAGAGGAGAGAGAGCAGUCCUCCCUCUGCAAUGCAACAGAUAACACUGCCCCCUGCUGGACACAACUUAGGACUGUUCUGUGGAGGAAUUAGUUUUUUCGGACUAUGCGAAUACUUCUACUGUGUAACUCUUCUGCGUUGUACGUUGUAGUGCAUACUUGGAGAAGGAACUCUUUUGUAGCCACUAUGUCUAGAAUUGUAGACAAAGAUAUAAAAGAAAUCCGUUUUUUGAGGUUCACAUUUGCAGAUUUUUGGUUAUUUAUCUGCUUGGAUUCAGAACAUUUAUUGCAAUAUUUCUAAAUUAUGUGUUUGUAUAAUUCACUCUUGUAUUAUUGUGAUGACAUAAUCCUGUUAUUGUGCUGAUAAGUGCUCCUCUUAUCUCCAUUCUUACCUGCUUUUUGAAAAAACAUUUUUUGCACUUCACUUGUGUUCCACUAGAGGGCAGCGCUGAUGCACAGAAACCACAGCUGACACUCAGGUUCUCCAUGGAGAAAUCAUCUUAGAUCAGACAUUCUCCUGCAUGUUUACUCUGAAAGAUAUUUAUAGGGAAAUACUUUAGGUCUAGCACAAUAAAGUACGGAAUCCAUUUUGCCUUCUUUGCUGAAAGUGAAUAUUUUGUUUUAUUAUUUUCAGUGUGAUUCAGUUUUUUUCCGCAUGUUUUACUUUAAUGUUUCACUUUAUCCAUAACAAAGUGAAAAUGUGAAUGAACUCGUUUAUGGAAUAAAGCAUCUGUCAGUCUACUGCAGUGAAAUUAAAGGAGGGAAGAUGAAGAGAAAACCAAAAUCAAGAUUUAAGGUUUUGAUAGUUGAGUUGUAUAAAACAAACUAAAAUAAAAAUGUAA